UGCCAGUUGAGUUCAGACAAGGAAAGUGGCAGUAAAUUAAAAACGGGUUUGUUUAAGAAAUAAAUGGAAGGAAAAAGAUUGAAAGAUUAUUUGCUCUGUUUUCGACCGUUUGAAACUGAAUACUUAUGGAAAGAUCUUUCAGAGAUCAGUGAGGUUAUCGGACGCCGAAGAUUUUGAUUCUUGAAGACGAUGGCUCUCAACGAAGAACAAGAUUUGUUUCCUUAAUCAAAUUAUAUUCCACACCAAUAAGGAAUUUAAUUCUUCCCCACUGCUAACCGAACCAACUUCUCCCCGCCAAAAAUCUUUUCCUUGUUUAAAUUUCUUCAUCCCUCGUCGAUCCUCUCAAAUUGUUUCGAUUCCUUUUUCGCCAAUCCAAACCCUAUGCAUUUCUUCUGAUUCACAAUCACCUCUGUUUUCUUGAGGUACGAAUUUGAAAUUCGUUCUCUGUUUUGCAAUCUGCGGCGGGUUAUUAUUUCUGGUGAAGAAAACAUGGGAAUGGGAACAGUGGUGGAACUGGAAGCCCUUAAAAUGGGGAUUUGUUUUUCAGAUUUGACCAAUGGAAUCUCCAUUCCUCAAAGAAGAAGAACUGGCAGUAGCAGUAGCAGUGCUGAAACAAGUGAAACCAACAAGCCUAAACCGUCCUCCUCUGCGACUGCUCCCAUGUCCAUGGUGGAGGCUGCUGCUGUUCUUCUUGCAAUGGCCUACUCCGCGACCGACGUCGAAGCCUUCUGCAAAUCGGAACUCGAAAAGAACUCUAGAAAGAGGAAGCGGGAUCCGGUGUCGAAAUCGGAGCCGGAGAUGAAACAGAGGAAGAAGAAGCGAAAGGCGAUGGAGUUACCGGUGACGCCGGAGAUGCCGGCUGCGAUGAGAGAUCGGAUCGUGGAGAUCGGCGGCUACGGAAUCCAAUUGGUGAUUCAGAAACAAUUACAGAACACAGAUAUGAACAAGAACCACGGCCGGUUGUCUCUCCCGGCGAAGAAACUUAGAAUCCAUGAUUUCGUGACAGAGGAGGAGAGAAAACUGCUGAAUCAACACAGUAACAAUAACAACAAGAAGGGAAUGGACGUACCGAUUAUCGAUCCUGAUCUGAAAGAGAGGAGGAUUUGUCUGAAGAAGUGGAAGAUCGGGAGCGGCGAUUUGUACUGCUUGAUGACGCAGUGGAAUUCGUUCGUGGAAGAAACUGCGUUGAGGAGUGGAGAUUUCAUCCAACUAUGGAGUUUCAGAAAAGAUGAAUUUGAUGAGGCUGAAGAAACUGAGAAGAUUUCAACUUCUCGGCUGUGGCUCGCCAUGGUUAAGCUUGAAGUUGAUUCAUAA